UCAAACUAAUCAUAAAUAACCACGCUAUAUAGGCCACAACAUAUUAUCGAACUUACACAUAAAGUUGGAGAUUGAAGUUAUCCUCGUAAGAAUCGAGUACCUAUCAAUUAAACUUGGAAUUAUAUGUAUAUAACGGCAAAGAUUUGAGUAUAUAACAUGCAAAUAAAAUAAUCGAGAUGGAUGAGAAUUCUGAAACUUACUACCACUGCAUGUUAUGCGCCCAGCUAGAAUGUAUCAGUAAAUUAAUCCCAUUGGAAGCAGACGAAGAGUUGUUUCAUAAAACGAUCCUAAAAUUAUCACGUUUAAAUAUAUUGUACGAUUAUGACCAAACAUUUCCAAAGAAUGUUUGCAAAUCGUGUAACGACAAUGUUGAUAAAGCCUUUGAAUUUGUAUCAAAAGUUGAAAAAGCCCAGAAUGUUUUAAGUGAUCUUUAUGAAAACAAAAAUAACUCCUUAAAAGAGCAAGAUUCUGAUGUUUCGGGAGAUGAACAAGGUGAUAUUUUGAAAAGUGAAGAUGAUGGUAUUUUUAAAGAUCAACAAACAGAUUUAUUAGAAGAUGAAAUGAAGUCUGAGUUAUUUGGUGAUCAAAAGAUUCAUUAUUUAGAACAGGACGAUAUUUCAGAACAUCGACAGAAUGAUAUUUUGGAACAACAGAGUGACAUUUCGGAACAUCUUGAUACAUUGAGAGAAAAUUCUGAAAGUGGUGCUGGCAAAAACUUCGAAAUUUACUCUCAAUCUUCUAACGACAGCUCUGUUAUCUCAGAGAAAAACUCUGGUUGUGAAAGUAUUUACUAUAAAAAUAAUGAAAACAGUAGCAGGAACACAGACAUAGGAUUAACUUGGAAUGAUUACCAAUGGACGUGUUCUGUAUGUGAAACACAGUUUUCUACCCAUGAAGAGCUAAAACUACAUUCAAUGCAAUAUCAUAAAACAUGUAAUGCAUUAAAAUGUCUUAAAUGUAAUAAAAACAAAUGGCAUUUUAAUACAUUCAUUUCACAUACCAAAUGGCAUAAUCCAAAUCUUAAAUUUAUGUGCUACAUUUGUAGUUGCAAAUUUUCAUGUAGUCGUGCACUAAACAGUCACACAAGGAUGGUACAUGGGCCUAAAUUAAAAUAUGUAUGUCCUGGUUGCAAUGCUGAUUUUGCAAGUUCAGAAGAACUACAACUACAUAAAGAGACAUUCUAUAGAGGAAUACGUUUUAGAACUUUACCAGUUGAGUUGGUUUCAAACCACAAUAGUUUGUCUUGUGACAUUUGUAAAAAGUCAUUCAAAAAGAAGGAUACACUGUACAAUCAUUUAUAUAUACAUACUGAUAGAAAAAAAGAACAUAUAUGUGAUAUAUGUGGUAAAUGUUUUGCCUAUAACAAUCAAUUGCAAACUCAUUUAAUAUCACAUAAGGACCAACGAUCACACGAGUGUGAUAUAUGCAAAAGUAGUUUUAAAACAUUGCGCCAUUUAAAGAAUCAUGUAGCCAUUCAUAGUGGUGAGAAGCCUUAUAAAUGUGAUCAGUGUGGAAAAGGGUUCCGUUUAAAAAAAUAUCUCAACUCACAUUUUAUAAUACACACCAACUCUCUACCAUAUGAUUGUAUGUAUUGUGACAAAAAGUUUAGGUUUAAAACUAUUCGAGACCAACAUAUAAGGCAGCACACCGGAUUCAAACCAUACUCAUGUGAAAUCUGUGCAAGGGAUUUUACAAAUUGGCCUAAUUAUAACAAACAUAUGAAAAGGCGUCAUGAUUUGAAUAUGGCUAAGAAAAAAAGGACCCCAGAAGGAGUGUUUCCGAUUAAUCCAUCUACUGGUAAAAUAAUAAAAUAUAAUACUAAUGCAACCCUAGAACCAAAGACAAGUAAUGCCAGAGGAAGACCUAAGAAGACAUGACAUCUCACCAAAUACUACCAAACAAUAAUUUAGAUGGUGCCUGAAGUGACAAAUCUGAAAUAAAAUCUGGUGGACUUUAGUGGUUAGUUUAAAAUGAGAAUAAAUUCAAUUAUAAUUACUGUGUGAAAAAAUGAAAUUUCUUAUUUGAAAGUAAGGUUUGCAAAAUAUGUUCGUAAAAAUUAACUUUGAUUAUUCAUUUUUACAAUAAAAAAU